AUGGUUCGCCUUGCCCGUCGCGACUCGCGAGUCCUGCGUUGCAUGCGGCCGCUUACUCCAGCCCGGAAGCUUACAAGUCGGCUUACUCCACUGGGCCGUUCUCUACGUGCGUCAAGUACUGUGACAGCCGUGGUUCCGGCGCAUCCCGCUCAGUUGAAGCGGGUGCUUGUCCGUGACAAUUUGCCCCUCUCGGUUUUAGCCGACCCUGCUUCACGCGAGUUCGCGUGUAGGCCCCAUCUUCCGGUAAAGUUUGCUGUAGUGUUCGAGCAUGUGUUCAAGCUCGCACACGAGCUGAUCGAGCUCUACGGACGAGGCUUGCUGAGCUGUUUGGCAGUCGACAAGCAUUUUGCCCUUGGGCCCAAGUGGUUCCACGCGGAUGGCGUUCAGAGCGAGCAUUGGCGAAUGUUAAACGCGCGGAGAGUGAUAAGCACAUUGGUGCACCGAGGUGCGAUUUGGCCGGCGCCAAGGUGGCAACAGCAAAGAGCGCUUGUGCGAUAG